AUGAGGUCGACCGCUACAAGAGCGAUACGGCGCUGCUUUACCUUGGGCAUCGAACCCAGCAGACGUUCUAUCCCAGUCGUGUCACCAAUCGCUAGAUCCUUCAUCAACACCGCCAGACCUUGUUUACGCCGUCAGCCAAGGCCAUUCACCUCAGCUUCACCAUGUUUUGUGAAGCAGAAACAUACCACUUCUUCCCCGCCUAAACAUGUGAUACCGAUAGAUAUGGCUUUCGAUGUGGUGCAGCCGAAUGAGGUGACAGCUAAAGGACAGAGCCUUGUGAUCUGUCAUGGAUUAUUUGGAUCGAAACAGAAUUGGAGAUCAUUGGCCAAAACAUUCGCUUCGAAACUUGGUAUGCCCGUGUACACUCUGGAUCUGAGAAAUCAUGGUGCCUCGCCUCAUGCUGAACCGCAUACUUACUCGGCGAUGUCAGAGGAUAUAUCGCAUUUCCUCCAAAAACAUGGUCUGAAUGAGGGAGUAAAUUUGAUGGGGCAUAGUAUGGGUGGUAAAGCAGUGAUGGCUUUCGCGUUGAACGAGAAGCUCAAUAAACCUUUACGAUCAUUGAUCAGUGUGGACAUGUCGCCUGCUGUAGGUAAAAUAUCAACUGAGUUCGCAGCGUAUACCGAGUCGAUGAUGGAGAUAGAACGAGCUCAAAUAAAGACAAAGCAUGAUGCCGAUAAGAUAUUAGCCAAGAUUGAACCUUCUUUACCAACACGUCAAUUCCUUUUGACAAAUACUCGUCAAACUCACGGACAUGAUCCCCACUUAGUCUUCCGUAUCCCACUUCAACUCCUUUCAAAAGCGAUCACCGAUAUUGGCCAGUUCCCUUAUACCCCUCCUCCACCUGUAUCCGAACAUUCACCAAUAUGGGAAGGACCAACGUUAUUUCUCAAAGGAUCGCAUUCAAAGUAUAUAAAUAUCAAGAAUAUACCCGUGGCUCAGGCGUUCUUCCCCAAGAUGAAAUUGAAAGAAUUGGAGACGGGACACUGGGUACAUGCUGAGAAACCUCAUGAGACUGUACAGUUGGUUAAGGAUUUCGUGGAGAGUGUAUAA